ACGGGACGGACGCGAAGGCAGCAGCAGAGCAUUCCAAAAUGACGGAUCCGACAACGUCGCCAGAGGACCACUGGAAAACAGACGGCUCUUUCAGCGACAGUGGCUUUGACCAUAGUUUCUUUGCUGAAACUGCCAGAAAGGGAACCGUUGUGUCCAGGGCCAACAGUAUCGGCUCGACAAGUGCCUCUUCAGUACCAAACACAGAUGAUGAAGACAGUGACUACAGGCGUGAGACGUCAUACAAGGACGAGUAUAAGGAUCGCCGGAGACAAGCUCACACACAGGCUGAGCAGAAGCGUAGGGAUGCUAUCAAGAAAGGCUAUGAUGACCUCCAGGCUAUAGUGCCAACCUGCCAGCAGCAGUCUGAAUUCGCAGUGGGAGCACAGAAGAUCAGCAAGGCUACAAUUCUGCAGAAAACAAUUGACUACAUCCAUUUUCUUCACAAAGAAAAGAAGAAGCAAGAGGAGGAAGUUUCUGUACUUAGGAAAGAAGUGAUGGCACUGAAGAUCAUGAAAACGAACUAUGAGCACAUAGUGAAGGCCCACCAGGACAACCCACAGCAGGGAGAUCAGGUGUCUGACCAGGUCAAGUUCAACAUCUUUCAGAGCAUCAUGGACUCCCUGUUCCAGUCAUUCAGCAAUUCUGUGUCAAUGAACAGCUUCCAAGAACUCUCCGCCUGUGUUUUUAGCUGGAUUGAGGAGCACUGCAAGCCACAGACGCUGAGGGAGUUUGUCGUCGGGGUGCUCCGGCAGCUCAGUGGUCAGCUUUAGUGAUCGAGUGAACCUGAAGUCUGAAGACUCUGGGCUUGCUCUGGCCUUUCAUGGUGGAGUAAAAACUUUUAUUAGCCUCGAGCCACACUACAGUAUUUACACUGACUUCAGGUCAUCUGUGACUCCCUGGCUGCAAUUGGAUUACCUCAACUCACACCAUGGGCAGAAAUGAAAAGUUGCAUUGGAUUGAGCAAUUUUAUGUUUUAAGAGAGAUCACAUUCUGAUUAUAAGUGUACACACAGAUAGCUGAGUUUAUUUCAGCCACUGCUGACUGUUCAGUCCAGGGGAAACACAAGUUCUCACAAGCUAAAAAUUACAGUAAGAGUUUGCAAGUGAGUGUGUUUGUUAAAUGCACCAGGCAGGCAAAACAGUAGCGUGUAUCUUGUUAUAGUCAGGGUGUGCAGUGGAGCUGCCACUUUUGAGAUAAAUAAUCAGUGGGAGGUUUCAUCUGCAAGACUCUCCUCAGAGAUCUUUUUUUUUUUGCCUUCAUUUUGACAGUCAGCAGUGGAGAGGCAGACAGGAAACAUGGGGGAGAGUGAAGGGGUGUGACAUGCAGCUGAAGUCCCUGGCAAGAAAUCGAACUUUGGACGUUGCAGCUAUGUGGCAUGUGCUGUAACCAUUUGGCUACCAGAGCGCUCCACAGCUCUCCUCACAGAUUGAGUAGUGGAGGUUUUGAUAUUGCUUCUGCAACGUGUUUUUAAUUAAGCAAAUGAAAAUAGAGAGGCGAGCCCACACCUGCCCCUCUGUGAAGCAUAAAUUUGUAGCUUAGUGCUGAACCAAAGGGCUCCUCUCAGCUUAAGCGCACAAAAUUGUGAGUCAGCCAUACCACUCCGGAACCAAAGCAGUGUGAGAAAAAAAAACUCUACUAUUCUACUGCAGGGUAACCAUCAUUUUUCUUUACUGUGCUAUCAGGAGCAGGCUCUCGGGUGCUUCAGCAUUUUAUCAUUGACGUUUGUUGAUUACAACAACUCUAGUGAGAUAAACUGUGAGGUUUUUAUUAACGCAGCUGUGACGAGUCGACAAAGAUGCUGAAAUCUCAUGGGUGACAGGUGUGCAGUGUAGGCAGCACACAGGGCUAAAAUGUAUGAAUCAUUGUGAAAAUAUUCUGUUUAUAUACAGGCAGUUAUUCAGUUGCGGUAAUACGUGUUGUGAUUAUUUGGGAGAUCAUGUUUAUACAAUGUGUUGAUUUUGAUGAACCUGUCCAAUUGCAGUUUUCUCCUCAAUCGAGUGACUCAAGUUCUCACCACUUAAAAUUGCAGCGGUUUUAUUGCUGAUACGAUAAAUGCUAUUUACUUUGUCAGUGGCUUUUGCGAUCAGUAACUGUUCAUCAGCAUCACGGUGAUGACAAUUUUCAGACUGUUCAGGACUGUACCUUACACCAGUCACAGGUUCCUGGAGAGAUCCUGAACAGGGCCCUGCACAGAUUUAGAGCCAAUCUGCUCUGAAUGAAAACAGGUAAUUUUUAAAAUAGAUGAGACAAAGUUAAAUUUUUGUGAUAGCUUUGACAGUUCUCUUUCCAUAGAGUUGUGUCACCAUUGUUGCUUUAAUCACAGGGAAACAGGAAGAUUUUUGACCGUCUUGUCUUUUUGCUGAAAGUAUUUUAUUUUGAUAGUUCUUUUACAAAAGCCAUUUACACUCAAUGCUGACUUUAUUAGGUAUACUUGUAAAAUCUAAUGCACUUUAGUAAUUUUACAGAUGUACCUAAUAAAGUGUAUAUUACCAUCCAUGUCAACCCAUGUAAAAACUUAUUUGUUUCUUGUUAAAUUUGCCUAAAACACAAUUUGGAAAUAAAGGGAGAAAGAAAACAGCAGCAAAGGACAAAUCAUGCUGGUCACCUCUGCAGCCAGUGAACCAGUAAAACUUAUUCAGUGUUUAAAGAUAAUUAAGAAAUGAAUUUGAUUCUUUUGCUUUCAUUUGUUGUCAUUUAAUUCACUGAGUGAAAAAACAGUACAAAGGGUUAUUAACAAAAGAGAGGGGAAAAGUGCAACAACAAGCAAGAUAGACUUAAACAUGUAAUAAGAACAACAAAGAAUGUAAACCUCUCAAAGCAAUAAAGAAUAAUUUGAUGACAUUUUCAUCGUAGGUUCAGGAUUGGUUUUAAACACUGUUGCCCUCGGUGCUGUCUAAUUAUGUGACAUUGUUAGUGUCUGUAAAGCUGUUUUUGUAUGAAUAUACUUUGAAAUUACAAAAAUUGUUUUUCCAUUCAGCCUUUAUUAAAGAUUUACAAUUUGUUCAAAUCAAAGGCCAUAAAUAAAGUAAUGUGCUGUGGCUCA